UGACGUCAUCCAAUGACAGCUGGCUGUCAGAAGUGAGUUAGCAGCUAGCUAUCCCGGUAGAGAGAGCGCUUGAUAUUUGUUGUCUUUUUCGUGCCGAGGCAGAGAUCAGAGACACCGAAGACCAGCCGAAGUCCUACGACUAAAGACAAGAGCCAGCCUUCAGCAAACCGAGCCCUCUUUCCUGGCCUGGCCAUGGAUGAACAGGCAGGGCCCGGCGUCUUUUUCAACAACAAUAAUAACUCUGUAUUGCCUGGCGGUGGGAAAGGACCGCUGCACGAAGGCGAUGGAGGGGAGGCGGCCAGGGCUCAGUACAGUAUCCCUGGGAUCUUGCACUUCCUACAACACGAAUGGGCCCGCUUUGAGGUGGAGAGAGCGCAAUGGGAUGUGGAAAAGGCCGAGUUACAGGCGCAGAUCGCCUUCUUGCAGGGGGAACGCAGGGGCCAGGAGAACCUGAAGAAGGACCUUGUGAGGAGGAUCAAGAUGCUGGAGUAUGCCCUCAAACAGGAGAGAGCAAAGUACCAUAAAUUACGAUACGGCACGGAGCUGAAUCAGGGGGAGGUGAAGCCUCCCAGCUAUGACUCGGACGAUGUGAACGAGAAUGAGAAGGAGGGUCCGAGCCUGCAGAACCACCAGUUGCCCUGGAAACGGGGGCGACAGCUCCUCCGACAGUACCUGCAGGAAGUGGGCUACACGGACACCAUCCUGGACGUGAAGUCCCAGCGCGUCCGCACCCUUCUGGGCCUGACCGGACAGGGGGGGGACCGGCCCUCCAGCAGGAACCCCGAGCCCAUGGUGAACGGCACCGAGCCCGCCCUGCAAGCCGGCGACACCAUCGGGAAACCGGGCUUGUCGGACUCCGACUCCGUGCUGGAGGCCUUCAGGUUCAUCGAAACCGCCGCGGCCGAGUUCAGCGACGAAGACGAGGACGAGGACGGCGAGGGAAGGGACCGGUCCUUCACGGAAACGAUCAAGAGGAAGCCGGCGUCCUCCUCCUCCUCCUCCUCUUCCUCGGCGUCGGCCACGCCCUCCCCCGCCGCGCCGGACGCCUGCGACGACGCCGACGCCGAGGAGGCGCUGCAGGGCUUCAGCUUCCUGGUCGGGUCCGAGGAGGCGGAGGGCUCGCCCGAUCCCAGGGGCUUGGGGGACGGCACGGACUGGGAGAAGGACGAGCCGGGCCCCGUGUCUGGGGCCUGGGACGUGGACCAGGGCUUGAUUACCAAACUCAAGGAGCAGUACAGAAAGGAGCGCAAGGGGAAAAAGGGGGUGAAGAGGCCCAACCGGUCCAAGCUGCAGGACAUGCUGGCCACUCUGCGGGACGGCGAGGACCUGCCCCCCCUGCAGCCGCCCGUCAACCCCCCCGCCCGGCCGGGCACCGCCUGGGCCAGCGAGCACGAGCCGGGCCAACCCGACGAAGUGGAGGCGCUGAUGUUCGCCCCGUCGCCAGCGAAGUCCUUCGUCAUGGGCAUGGCCGUGGACGCGGAAGAGGACAUGGAGAGCGAGAUGGGCCUUGGCGAGCUGGCGGGUCUGACGGUGGCCAACGAGGCUGACAGCCCCGCCUACGAUAUCGCCAAUAAAAACGACGCGCUGAGGAAGACCUGGAACCCCAAGUUCACGCUGCGGAGCCACUUCGACGCCAUCCGCGGCCUGGCCUUCCACCCGGUGGAGCCGGUGCUCGUCACCGCGUCGGAGGACCACACGCUCAAGAUGUGGAACCUGCACAAGACCGCGCCCGUCAAGAAGAACGCCGCGUUAGACGUGGAGCCCAUUUACACGUUCAGAGCCCACCAGGGCGCUGUGCUGUGUGUGGUGAUGAGUGCUUCGGGAGAGCAGUGCUUCAGUGGAGGUGUCGACGGUACCAUUCAGAGCUGGAACGUCCCCAGCCCCAACAUCGACCCUUACGAUUCCUACGAGACCUCCGUGCUGCGGGGGGCGCUGUGCGGGCACUCGGACGCCGUGUGGGGCCUUGUGUACAGCGCCGCUCACCAGCGCCUCCUGUCCUGCUCCGCCGACGGCACGGUGCAGCUCUGGAACGCCGCCAACACCGGCCCCGCCCUCGCGGUCUUCAAUGAGAGCAGGGAGCUGGGCACGCCCUCGUCGGUGGACCUGGUGUGCAGUGACUCAGCCCACAUGGUCACGUCCUUCAGUAGCGGCCGGACGGGCCUCUUCAACAUGGAGACACGCCAGCUGAUCCUGAGCCUGGAGUCUGCCGCAGAGCCAGGCUCUCCCUGCCAGAUCAAUAAAGUGCUGAGUCAUCCCACGCUCCCCGUCACCAUCACCGCGCAGGAAGACCGGCACAUCAAGUUCUUUGACAACAAUACAGGAAAGCUCAUCCACUCCAUGGUCGCACAUUUAGAUGCAGUCACAAGCUUAGCCGUGGACCCCAACGGACUGUACCUGAUGUCUGGGAGUCAUGACUGCUCGAUUCGUCUGUGGAACAUGGAGACAAAGACCUGUAUCCAGGAGUUCACCGCGCAUCGUAAGAAGUUUGAGGAGUCCAUCCACGACGUGGCGUUCCACCCGACCAAGGCCUACAUUGCCAGCGCCGGCGCCGACGCCCUGGCCAAGGUCUUCGUGUGAUGCGGGCCGCCGCCACCGCCGGGGACCAAUAGAGAGGGGGAAUCAGGGCAGGGGGUGGGGCCAAGUGGUCAGGUGACCCCCACUCCCACCAAUGGGCUGUUUCCCUCUCUGCUCUCCACUGGCCUGCCGAGCUGUGCCGGUGCCGAGGAUCAGGCUCAGCUCAGGGAGGGACCAGGACGGCCGGGUGGGGGGUGGGUAAAACCAAGAGGGGAGGGGUACCUCCAUCCAGGCUGGCCUGGGUGUGACCGGGCAUGGCCAGAUGUGUUGCUCAGUGUCACUCCCCCAAAGACAGGCACAGACUGUUGAUGUUCUCUAUUAAUCAAGGGGUCUCUCUCUCUCUCCCUUUGUCUUUCUGUCUCUCUCUCUCUCUCACUCUAUCCCUCCCUGUUUCUCUGUCUCUUGCUCUGUCUCUUGCUCUCUCACUCUCUCUCUUUUUCUCCCCCUCCCUUUUUCUCUCUCUCUUUUCCUGGAAGGCUCCUCUGAUUUGGUCUUAAGUGAGGGUGAUGGGAAAUGGGGAUGAUCCUCUCAGAUGGUGUGCUGCUGUGCUCUCGCUCUCUCUCGCACGGGGCGAGGUUCGACUGUCCCUCUCUGGAGUUGGUUUGAGACCCCCCGUCUCCCCACGGCUGCCUUCGCUUCCCUUUUAAAAAGUUUUAAUGAAAAUGUGCCUUCGCUUCGGAUGGGUCUGCAGAACAAUCUUUUACCAAGCUUUUUUUAUUUUUAAUUUAAGGCGGAGAGUUCAGGUAUCGUAAAAUACCAUAUGUCAAAAUUUAUGUGUACAAAAUUUGUGAUCGGGCUUUGGUCUUAAAUUUUAAGUAUGAGUUCAUUUAAAUGUCAGUUAGACUGUAGAACUCCAAAGGUUGCUAUCCACUGGAAGGGAGGGGCUGAACGUUUCAGAAUGUGUACUGGCUGGUAGUGGUCUGUCCACUUUGGUUCUGCAGGAAACAGGAAGUGCAGACUGAAAUUCAUCUCAGUCCUUAUAGUACUACAGUAUACAUGAGAACUGGCAGUUUGAAUUUAGAGGUUCCCUAUUGCAUUGUCGGUCACAACUUUUUGUGGGUCCAGUAUUGAAAUAUUGCAAGUUGAGAAAACGAUUGUUGAAAAGAAAAGGUUGAAAUAGUACUAUUGUCGUAUUCUUGUUUUCAUAAAUGCCCCUGAUUAACCCAAAAGACUCACUGUAAGACUUGGUCCUCUUUCAUUAGUUUUAAGUGUAGCCAACUCUAUGGUAAUCGCAUAAACGGUUUUUUUGGCCCAGAUGCUGAGCGGAAUUGUGAAGCCAACCUUAUCGUACAUUCAGAGCCUCUCUGGUCUCCCGCCAUUCCCAGAAUAACAACGGGAAGUGCAUUUUCUCACAGGAAGUGUAUCAACGCUAAUGACUGCAUCUCUCACUGCUGCUAUUUGCCGUCAUUAUGCUGGGGUCUCGGACUCGUUUCGUGAAACCAGGCCAAGUGUGUAAAUACUGCAAUAAUACAGCUUGCAGGUCGGAACGUGAACUCGAGUCGAGGUGCGGCCGUCGAACAUUUAGCUCAGUCCAGUAUCCGGCUGAAGUUUAAUUCUUUUAUAAAUAAAAGAAUUCGACAGACGAACAUGCAUCAUGUCUGCUCUAGUUUAACUCAUUGUAAUGUACACUGUGCUUCACGUACUGUACUCGUGGUAAGAAAUUAUAUAAAAGCCAGUUUUCCGUGUCCCUAGACAAACUGCGCCAGAGCUGGUUUGCAGUGAUAAAUUUUAUUUCCCUUGAUACUUAGUUAAGCCAAAAAGAUCGACUAUGACGAAAGCUGAUAGCAUAGAGUCUUAAUGCGUGGUAGAAGAGCGAUGUCUGUGUCUCCUGUGGCGUUUGAUAGAUAACCCUUAGCCACAAGGACACCGGUGCGCGAAUCAACCGGAGUGGCAGAAAAGUCGGAGAAAGAUUUUUUACAGAACUUAUUGCACUGUACCCUUAAAUCAGAGUGCUGUGUAUUUAUUGUGCCAUUUCUAAAUUGGUUGAAAAUAUGCAAUGGCUAGCCGCUUGUAACUUUUGUACUUUAUGUUCUUUUGCUUGUCUAAACAUAUGGGUAGUACCGCCUGUAGAUAUUAAUUGCUGCUUGUUACGGAAAUAUGAAAAAUGGAAGUAUUUAGUUCCAUUGUUGUCCCCCGUGUGACUGUAGCAUCCUCAGGGGUGUGGUCAGGAGACGCAGUCUCAGAGUUGUCCCUCAGAGGAAAGAAAGCACAUGUAGCAAUUAAAUGUUGCUCCGUAUGUAAAAUUUAAAAACAUUGUUUUUUUUGUUUUUUUUCUGUGGUUACUUGAAUCUCAAUAAUUAAAUAUUUGGGAUACUACUCGUAUUUUGCAGUAUGGUUGCAGAUUUUCUUUUUUCAUUAUUUGAUGUAGAAGCAUAAAAACCGAUGGUGUGCAGAGAGUUAGUUUAUUUUUUAGGAGAUAUCGUUUGUACAAUGCGAAGACCAGGGAGCGUUAAAGAGUCUGCCCUUCACUUAACUGUCUGUGUGCCUGUCUCUCAAGUGAUGACCGUGUGUUUGUAUGCAUAGUAAAAAAAAUCUUUAAAUGAGUUUCUGGGGUUUCAGUUCUUAUUUUUAAGUAAUUUGGGGGGAAAUUUAGUUUUAUAUUACGGAAUGAUCUAUAUAUACAGUGAGCUUUUGGGACAAAGACUUUUUCUUUUCUCUUGAUUUUCUCUAUAUGUAGUCAAACAAUUCACAUGUGGUUAUUUUAUUAAAUUAUAUUUUUAUACAUUUUGGUUUCACUGUGUAGAACUUAUCAUACCCCCCCCCCCCCCCUUUUUCAUUGUCUUACUGUAUGAAGGAUGAAGUGCUGGCCAAUGAGUUUGGAGGCAUUUGCUUGAACUUAAGCAGAUAAAAUGCUUCUACACUUUAUAAUUCAUUCUGCUGCUGCUAUCAGCAGUUACAUCAUCAAUGAAGGCAAAUGAGCCAGUAUAUGUGGCAACCAUACUUGCCCAAACCAUAACCACACCUUAACACCCCAACACACCUGACUAAUCAGAAACACAUGUGAAGCCAUUUGUCCCAAACAUUAUGGUGCCCUGAAAUGGGGGGACUGCAUUAAUACUGCUUGUAAUUUCUACAUGGUGAAACCAAAAUGUAUAAAAUACCCUUUACUGAAAGUUGAGAAUCUGCACUUGAGAAACCACAUGUUCAUUAUUUGAUUACAAAUAUAAAACUGAGCCAAAUCAAGAAAGAAAACAUUAUUUGUCCCAAACAGUAUGGAGCUCACUGUGAGUGCUGUGUGUGUGUGUGUACAUGUAUUACUAUCUUUGUGAGAACCAAAUGUCCCCACAAGGAUAGAAAGAUGAGGAAAAUUACACAAGGUGGGGAGCUUUUGCUGGUCCCCACAAGUUCAAGAGGCUGUUUUAGGGUUAGGGUUACAAUUAGGUUAAGGGUAGGGUUAAGGUUAGGCAUGUAGUGGUUGGGGUUAGGGUUAGAGGUAACGGAAUGAAUGUAAGUAAAUGGGAAGUCCUCACAAGUAUAGCAAUACAAACGUGUGUGUGUGUGUGUGUGUGUAACAUCACGUGGUGUGAAGUGGCAUCAGGUGUGUAUCUUGUGCAGGUUAUUUCUUGUCGUUCAGCACGAUGCUAGCUGUCCGUUAGAAGUUUGCGCGCCCUGCUGAUCAGAGACCAGAGGAAUGAAAUCCUGCCACUGAAAGGUUAAGGUCUGGUUUAGGCACAAACUGUGGAAACGACGCCCCAAGAAUGCCUCCGCGGUGGCCGCCUGACUCAUCUUGAAGUGCCAGUUUGACAAAACAGGAACACUGUCUGGGCCCCGUUUCCAAAUGCGGACCUGCGCAACCCUCGGCUAGCGUCCGGAGUGCAAACUGAAAUGGAACGACUGGAAUCCACCGCAAGGCCCGGCGAGAAGCUUUGCCGAUUACCGCGCAUGCUAACAACGUUCCUCCCAGAAAUGGGAUUUUAAAUAAAAGCCGCAUACACAUACAUAGAGUUUGGGGAUAUGCCAAGUCUGCCUAUUAUCGUUUGCUAUUAUAAAGUUCAAAUGUAAAGAGUUCUUAAAGAUUGCGUGUAUUUGAUAAACAUGUUAAUUUUCCUGUACAGAUCUUAUAAUAGUUUAUUGUUUUUUUCAUGAUGUAUACUUUUUCCAAAUGGGUGAGUGAAAGAUUUAUCAAUGACAAAGUAAUAAACUUUGACAAGCUAUAUUUCAAA